AUGUCUCAGACCGAUACUUUGACUACCUCUCGGCUGGCUGGAAAAGUCUGCAUCAUCACUGGCUGUAACUCUGCCAUUGGUAUCGGAGCUGCAAGUGCACUAUACUUUGCUAAAUCCUCUGCUGCUGCAAUAUACAUAACGGAUGUGAACACAAGCAACCUGCCAGCUUUAGCAUCUCUAAUAACAAAAAACUACAAGCAAACUAAAGUCCACAUCCAAAAAGUGGAUAGUGGCAACCCUAAAGAUGUCGCAAGUGUGGUCGAUGCUGCUCUCGCCGAAUACGGAAGACUAGAUGUGUUUUUCGCUAAUGCUGGGGUUCCUGGACAGGGAUAUGGGUUUGAUGUGACAGAGCAAGAUUUCAUGGAAGUGAUGCGGGUGAAUGCGUAUGGACCAUUCUUGGGUAUAAAAGAGGGAUCUAGAGGAAUGCUAGUCACGAGUGCCAGUAAGCCCAAAUCGGGAGGGAGCAUUAUUAUGACUGCUUCGAUAGCGGGGCUAAAAGCACAUGCUGGUGGACCACCGUAUUCUGCUGCUAAAGCUGGCGUCAUAUCCUUAGCACAGACUGGAGCUCAUACGCUGGCUGGGACAAACAUACGCUGUAACGCAGUAUGCCCUGGCCUCAUAGCAACCGAGAUGAUCAAAACAGGUGUCGGUGCUGAAAUCUUCCAGCUGGGCGUACCCGGAAGCUUGGCAAGCAAAUUAAACGAUUUGAAUCCGUUGAAACGUCACGCUGAACCUAGUGAAGUGGCGGCUGUAGUCACAUUCUUAGCUUCGGAAGAAGCUGGAUUUGUCAAUGGACAGGCUAUUCCAGUAUGUGGUGGUGCGAGUAGUAGUGUUCCGUUCGUGGAAACGGCGCUGCUCUAG